CAUAUUUGUUUAAAUGUACAUAAUAAUUAAUUUGUUUUUACAUUUCAAUUCAGUAGGAAUCUUAACUUGGGUAUACUAAAACAUAAUGUUCAAUAAACGUUGAUCAUUUUAAAAUAAAUAUAAAAUAAUGUCGGAUUUAACCUUCAUUCGCUCAAUCAUAUCACUCUGUAGGCAAUCUCUCAGUGGAGAUAAGCUCUCAAUUAAAUCAGCCGAUGAUCAGAUGUCAUUGCUGGUUAAACCUGAUUCUUCAGAAACAGAUCUUAAGAUUGUACUAAUAUUUAAGAUCAUCUUAGCCCCUCAAGCUAUAUCUUCAAUUGAGAAUACACUUACGGAUGAUGAUUUAUCUGGGCUUAAGUAUGCAACUGCCGAUGUUCAGCUUUGGUCUGCGAUAUUUAUAAAGAACUACAUUAAGGCUAAUUUUGACACCUCAGAAUCAUUCGGAGGAGUGAGUGAAUCUAUAAAGAAUAUAAUCAAGUCAUUCCUGAUAAUUUCAACACUGAACAGUGAAAGGUUAGGAAUACCAAAGGCUGUGGCAUCACAACUGGAAAGUGCCCUGUUCUUAAUUUCAGAUCGUUACUUCCCAGAAUCAAUGGAACAUGUACUAUUAUUCAUAGAUUAUUGUCAUUUAAGUGAUGUGAACCAUCUGGUCCUAUUAGAAACUCUGUCAAAUCGGGUGCAAAAUGAGCUUAAUUCCAGGAGUAACAAAAACUUACUAACACCUACUGGUGGACUUACAAGCUCUUUGAAUAACCCUCUGACAGACGCACAUUCAAAUUUGGAAAUAAACUACGCCCAGUACCUGUUAGCACAUUUGAAGAAUUAUUCUAACCUACUACAGUCAGUAGUUUCAUAUAACAAGAUUCUUACGACAAACAACGUUGUUGACAUCAGCAGAUCAUAUUUUGAGUUUUUUAACACCUUAGUGGAGGGAGUUAAAAUCAUGUGUAAUUUAUCCAAAGGAGUUGGGCUAAAGGACUUAGAAAUGAGCAAAUUCUUACAGUCAACAUCUUUUUUGUUCUCGCAAAGCACACUAACGACACAUACAACAAACCCACUAACUAAGUCAAACGAUGUUACAUGCAGUCCAGGUGAUUCACUUUUCUACUUCGACGAUCGCAAACAAUUUAAAGAUAUAAACUUGUUCCAGUCUGCAUUAAAUUUACCUGAACUAGGAGGAAACCAACACAACGUUCACCUAUUAAUAUCGCCAUCUCUGUUCUUGAAUGAAAUGUCGUAUAAUAAGAGCUAUUUCAAGACAAAACUGUCAUCAUUCAGACUGUUUUCAAAGUUUAUGAAAAAGUAUAAAACCAGGCAGUACGAUGAGGAUACUCUUACAGAGCUUAAGAUCGUUUUAACUCUGGCCGAUACACAUCUGUUGUAUUUGUUCAAGUAUUCAAUGCUAAAGUUCACAGAGUACUACACGUUCUACACAUCUCAGAAAAACUCGUUCUCACUCAACUGCUUAGUCCCAGUGAUCCUUGACCUAUUUGAGUUUAUCAGGCACGUUACAAAGAUAUUCUGCUACGUUCACUCAAUAGAUCUGCCGGAGUGCUUCGAGGAUAACGCCCAGCUUUACUUCAGUGGGUUAAUCAACCUCAUCCACUUCAACGACCAGUUUAUAACAGAACAUGAUACUCUAGGAACAUUGAUGAGCCUAAAAGUGGUGAUAAUGAAGCUAUUCAGGUAUUACGCAGAACGAUACCAGGAAGUAUUCCACCCAUUUGUGUUUACGUGUAUCGAGGAUGUUGUUAAAUUAUGUCGAGGGAUUAGCCAAGAUUCAACCUACGAUAAGCUGUGCUGCUCUGCACUUGACUUCCUGUCAUCUUCGUCAUCAACUCACUGGAGAGCUUCUCACCAGGGUUCUGCCAGAAACAACCCGUUUAUGAAUAACUCGUUCCUGGCUGAGAUCAUCCAGAACAUCAUUGUGCCAAAUAUCGGAUUCAGAGAAUGCGACUUGAUUCUACUGGAUGACUGUCCCAUAGAGUUUGUCCAGAGAGAGCUGGAUUCUAACAACUGUUCAAGCAGACGUUUCUCAUCAAUCACCUUCCUAAAGAAGCUAGUUUCAGGAUACGGCCAAGUUUGCCAACAAAUAAUAAACCAGGUGGCCAAAACUGUGGCUUCAAAUAAUGAUUAUAAGCUAAAGGAACUGUAUCUUCAGCUCAUCAUUUGUAUUAACUUUAAGGACUCGUCUGGUGAUUUCAACGUUAUCACGUACUUUACUGAUUAUUUGAAGAAUGAGUUUGUUGUGUUAUCACAGAAUCCGCUGACUCGAGAAAAAAUGCUCAUCAUUUUGGCCAUCAUAAAGUAUAUAUACACGUUUAAGAAUUUGUUGCCUGAGUCUGAGCUAGCAACCGUUGUACCAUAUCUUGUUUUAUAUCUGCGAAAUUCACACGAAGCAGUUCGUUCGUUCUCAGCCGAGGCUAUAUACAGACUUUUGGGAAAAUUAAGAUUACAUAAAGAUACGCUAAAAACAUGUUUACUCCAGGGGUUGGAACAUCUGUUGACAAUGAUGCGUGGUUGUGGAAGAGCGGGAAAUGAGUUUUACGCAAAGUGUACUAUGAGGAUACUUAUAUAUUUGAGAGAGGAUAUCAGAGAAAGCGGGAUGGUGAUGAUAGAUAUCAUAAUCAGUCUAAUAAAAUCGGUUUCUGAUAAUCCAGUCAACCCGUCAUAUAACCACCUCCUCUUUGAGUGCCUUUGUAUAUUACUGAGAAUUCAUCUUCAAACACAGUCUUACACAGUUUCAACAACUCUCGAGAAGAUUGAGGAGGCUUUGAUCCCUACUCUAGGCUUGAUUAUUCAGCAGGAAAUGCAUCCAUUCAUUCCAUACAGCUUACAGGUGUUGAGUAUAAUGUUGAAGUAUGCAAGCAAGCCCUCGACAACAUAUGUACAACUUUUGAGUCAUCUAGUGUGUAUUGAUACAUGGAAAGUUUCAAUCGCGAAUGCACAGGGCAAUAUAAAGCUUCUGGUGUGCUAUUUUGAGAAACAUACGUUAUUUGAGAAUGAAAUCAUGACAAACAUGGAGAAGAUACUGAAUAUAUUCCACUUCUGCCUUAACCACAGGAGACUGUCAAGGUAUUCGUUGGACUUGAUCAACGGGAUUGUGAGAUACUUGCCACUUAACUACUACAUCAACUUCCUAAAGUCGAUUGUAACCGUUCUUCUAACGUACAUUCACAACAACAAGAGCGGAGAGACGUUGACUGACGUCGUCACCUCGAUAUCGUACAUAACGCUACAGCUACACAUGCAAAAGUACGCACACUCACUGGUGGAAAUUCUAGAGUCGAUACAGUCUGGAAUAAGUGUAAACUUCAUCAGGCUUAUAUACCUGCCAAAUGCAAAGAAGGCAAGCUCCUUGGAGGCAAAGAAGGUACACGCCAUAGCAGUGGCGAAGAUAGCAACGUCAGAUCAGAUGAAGGCAAAUUCUGAACUUUUUAGGCUAAUGAUGGAGUUUUUGGCGGAGCUAAUCUCGGGGGAAAACAUGACUCUGGAUUCACCAAAGGAGGACCUGCUAACAAUAGGGAGCGUGAGUGAACUGGGUAACCUGUGCAACAUGGAUAACAUAAACUACGGCGAUUUCAACUUCGACGUCAGCUACGUCAAGCUGCACUCAGUGGAGGAGGAUAAGAACAAGUUACUGGAUAGAAGCCUGAGAGUCGAGGAGAUCAUCAGAGGAAUUCUCACACAAGUCGGACCGCUCCUAAAGGCUUCAGCUUCAAUGUCGAACACUGUCAACGUUCUAAUGCAAUUUAUCGCAUGAAAACAUCUUGUACAUUUUGUGUAAGUAAUAUAGUUUCAUAUUUGAAAAUAAAUACAUGAUCACGGGAAAUUCAUCUACACAACUAAUCUAUGAGUUGAAAUUCAAUAAAAAUUAAAAUAAAUAUAUUCGCUAAAAUUGGAAUUAGCUAAAUUUGUUGUUAAAGUUGUAUGAAAGUACAUUUACGUUGAUUUUUUUGUGUACUAGUGG